AAUUCCUCUUCACACACGUCUUCACACACAAAUGAUUUCACCCUCACAUUCACCAAUCCUGCGCUCUUAAUCCUCCACCAGAUUUCCACCAACUGCACUCGGAUUCCAGUCGCCACCGCCGCCUUCACCGCGCCGGCCACCUCCCUUCCCCCGCAAGCCCUCCGAUCUGCAUCGCCGCCUCUUUCUUUCUUCAAUCGGCGGCUCCACCCCCCACCGCUAUCUCCGCCGCACAUUCACCAAUCCUGCGCUCUUAAUCCUCCACCAGAUUUCCACUAAUUGCACUCGGAUUCCAGUCGCCACCGCCGCCUUCACCGUGCCGGCCACCUCCCUUCCCCCGCAAGCCCUCCCAUCUGCAUCGCCGCCUCUUUCUUUCUUCAAUCGGCGGCUCCACCCCCCACCGCUCUCUCCGCCGCUCCCGCAGCCUCAGCCGCUUCUCCCGCCCCAUUGCGCCGGAGCCGGAGGCCGAGAUGGACUACAUAAAAAACGUGCCCAGGGGAAAAUUCGUCAACACCACGAGGGGCUCGACCUCACUGGCACCAACCGCGAAGCGCCGAGCCCCUAGAUCCCCAAAGUCUCACCGCCUCUUUGUGAUUUCCGGCGAACACGACAGCCAUGUCCGCCGAUCUGCCACCUCCCUUCUCCCAUAUGAUUUUUUGUUUAGAGGAUUAAGGGAUUGCUUACUUCCCUGUUUUGGCGGGUGGCGGCUGGAAUUUUUUUAGACAUUAUCGUAGACAAACAGGAAGAAAUUAUCAUUAUAUGACCAAGGAGAUGUCAACAUCAAGAAAGAAGAUUCAAUUGAAUGCCAUAAAUGACAACACGAGAAAUAAGCUUGUGGUGGUCAGGAUACUUCGAUUGUGGAUUCAAAAGGACAUAACAGGAAAGGAAGGAAUUUAGAUGAUUGUAGUGGAUGAAAUGGGUGACAAAAUUCAAGCUACAAUCUCUACGGGGUUGAAAAACAAGUUUUUUGAUCUACUAAAAGAGGGCCAAAUUUAUGUUUUUGAAAACUUUCAAGCUAUCAAAAAUAAUCCAAGCUUUCAAUAUGCCAAAAUCAAUCAUCAAUGUAGGAUCGGCUUUGAUCUUGCUACUAAUGUGUCGGAACCUAAGGAGUUUGUGGAAAUUGUGAAAUAUGGAUUCCAAUUUGUACCUUUCAAGGAAAUACAAUCGCAUGAUAGCAUGUUUGUUUUGGAUAUUCUCGGCGAGGUCAAGAACGACACAAUUACAAUAGAAUGGGCGGACUUCAAAGGUAGAAAAGCCAGCAAAUGUGACGUCACAUUGGAAGAUGCAUAUGGAACACAAGUAACUUGUGUGUUGUGGGAGUCUUUUGCUGAUGAACUAAAGUCUUUUAUGGAGUCCAAGAAAAAUGAAGACAAAGAGCCCGUUCUCGUGGCUUUGCAAUUUGCGAAGAUAUCAACUUUCAAAGGGAAAACCUUCAUUUCCACAAUGAAGCAUGCAACUCGGUUCUUUAUCAGUCCGGAAAUCCAACAGGUCAAAGAGUUUAUUCUUAGGCGUGGGACUGGAAAUCUAUUGAGUUGUUCUAUCACAAACAUUUCGAGUAGUGGUGGAGAAUUUAAAAGUGAGGAUUGGUUGAAUGGUUCUCUCGCGAGAACCAUUAAGCAGAUGGUUAACUCGGAUGAGGUUGGUACCUAUAUAUGCAAGGGGACUAUUAGAGACAUUCAUCCUACGGAAUCAUGGUUCUAUGAAGCAUGCGGGAAUGAUAGAUGCUAUAAAGGUAUUGCAAAAGGAAGUAAAGUCGGAGACCAAUGCAAAAAGUGCAAGCGUCCGAUUGGGUCAAUCCAUAUAAGAUAUUUGAUGAAGGUACUCAUAAAUGAUGAUGAUGAUGACAUGGAGCAGGCAACAUACUUUACAUUAUUUGAAGAUUGUGCUCUUUAUUUUCUUAAAAAAACUGCUAACCAACUCAUGGAGGAGAUGGAGAAUGAGACUGGAGAUAGGAAUGGAACCCCUGAGGCACUCACCAUCAUGCUUGAUAGACAAUGUCUUUUUAAAGUUGAAGUGGGUACGAGGUUUGGUGAUCGGACAUAUACUGUGAAGAAAAUAACUGAAGAUGUUGAUAUUAUGGCAAAUUUUUCUAAGCUUUGUCCUGAUGAGGAAGUCGCCUCAAGAUACAAGGGUUCUACCAAUUUCACUGAGAAAAAUGCAAAUGAAAAGGAUCAUAUAGAGGUGAUUGAAGAAUCGUGUUCCAAUUCUACGAGCACUCAAAUCACUCCACAGAAAAGAAGUCCUAAUGACCUGUACAGAGAUCAUACUGGCGGUGAUGAUUUACAAUUGUCAUCAACAAAGAUCUUGAAGAAGUAGAUGACAUUUAACAAUUUGAUUUGAGAUUUUUUUUAUUGUUAUUUUUCAAUGGAUUAUUUGAAAGAUAUUUAGACGAUUGUGGUUCAUUUUAUUUGGAUAAUAUUAUUUUUGUUGAACAAUUUCAUUAAUUGACCAAUUUUAUUUUUUA